AUGGCGCCCUCCGCGACUGGUGAGACGGCGCCAAUGCAUCUACCCGUCACCUCGAAAGCUUCAACCAUUAAUGCAUCUGUCCUGCAUGGCCCACAGGAUUUGCGAUUGGAGCGCCGAACUAUCGAGGAACCCAGCAUCGGCGAGCUGCAGAUUGCGGUCAAGACCACGGGAAUCUGCGGGUCUGACGUUUCCUAUUACAAGAAAUUUGCCAAUGGCGACCUCUGCGCCUGCAUGCCCCUGUCGCUCGGCCAUGAGUCCUCUGGCACCGUUGUCGCCGUUGGGCCUCAGGUCUUGGGCUUCAGCAUCGGUGACCGCGUGGCCCUCGAGGUUGGCGUACCCUGUGGCCAGUGUGGUAUCUGCCGUAAAGGCAGAUACAACCUUUGUAAGCGCAUGAGGUUUAGGAGUAGCGCCAAAUCGGUCCCCCAUUUCCAGGGCACGCUCCAAGAGCGCAUCAAUCACCCAGCCAUUUGGUGCCAUAAACUCCCUGAAAACAUCUCGUUCGACGCAGCUGCUCUGCUCGAGCCGCUUUCGGUUGCCAUCCAUGCUGUUAAUCGGGCUACUCCAGCCCCUGGAUCUACAGCCUUGGUCAUUGGAGCGGGCACCGUUGGCCUCCUCACGGCUGCCAUGGCCCGGCAGUCCGGCUGUGCGGCCGUGACCAUCGCAGAUGUUGACCAGGGCCGGGUCGACUACGCCAUCUCCCGAGGGUUUGCGACUCACGGCUACGUCGUGCCGCGGCCGCUCCACACAUCGUCAAGCAGCUCGUCGAUUUACAACAGCAGCAACUCGGGCACGUCAACUCCGUUCGACGUCGGCAUCAUGACGCCAGCGAGCACUCUCUCAUUUCAGAGCCACCUCGACUCGGCCAAGCUGCUCGCUGCCGACAUGCUGUCGCUGACACACGCCGGUCCCACCAGCCUCCUUGCCGACGAUGAGGACAAUGGUGUUGACGUCACCUUUGAGUGUACUGGCAAGGAGAUCUGCAUGCAUACAUCUCUCUAUGCCACCCGUCCCGGCGGCAAGGUCAUUAUGGUUGGAAUGGGCACACCAAUACAGACCCUGCCCAUGUCGGUAGCUCACCUCCGCGAGAUUGACAUACUUGGUAUCUUCCGCUACGCCAACACGUAUGCCACCGGUAUUCGGCUCCUCUGUGCCCAGCGGCGCGGUGGCCCCGGGUCCAUUCUUCCCAGCCUGGAUGAUAUGAUCACACAUCGGUUCAAAGGCCUACACGCCGCCAAGGGCGCGUUCGAACUGGCUAGCCGCACAGUAGACGACAACGGCAACCUAGUUCUCAAGGUUGUUAUCGAGACCUAA